CUACAUACCAUUGCUGCCUUUGUAUUUUUCUGUUUGGUAAUUUUUCCUUUCCCAAACACGCCUUUAUUUCUCACUCUCUCCCAGUCCCACCACCUUCUCCUAAGCUACCAGGCCUUCUUUGUUUAUCGUCAUUAUAUUCUAAGAGGGCUUCUUCUUGUGUUAUCUCUCCAUCUGCCAUGGCUUCUUUAGUGUCUGCAUUGCUCUUUUUGGCCAUGGCUGGCCACUCAAGUGCAACAUGGUGCAUUUGCAAGGGAGGGAUGAGUGAUAGUGAGUUACAAACGACACUGGACUAUGCAUGUGGGAAUGGGGCAGAUUGCAACCCCAUUCAUCAGAAUGGGCCAUGUUAUAACCCCAACACUGUAAGAGCUCAUUGCAAUUAUGCUGUCAAUAGCUUUUUCCAGAAGAAGGGCCAAGCUGCAGGCACUUGUGACUUCUCUAGCACUGCCUCCAUAACCACAACUGACCCCAGUAUAAAUGGUUGUGCUUAUCCCUCCAGUGCAAGUGGAAGCACAAGCCCUACCACACCUUCAACUGGGACUCCAUCUACAAGCACAGGCAGUGGUUCUUCUCCAAAUCCAAUCAUCACUACUACUCCCACUACUACUACUACAGGCGGCAGCGGUGCUUUAGGAGGUGGCUUCAACAAUGGUGGUUUAGGUCCAUCGGGUUCAGGUGGUGUCGGCACCUACAACGAUAUGAGUCAUGCUGGGAUUUCAAUGCUAAUAAGGAAUAAUGCCAUUUUCCCCUCCAUCACCCUCCUAAUCUCAGCACUAGCACCAUUAUUGUGGCUUCAACAAGGCCAGUAGAUCGAUCUUUAGAUGAACGAACUUCUUUUUCUAAAUACUGUCUACUGAACCAGUGCGGGCUUUGGAUGAAUGAACUGGUGGCAACAUUAUUGGAUGGGUAUCUCAAAAUUAUUGAUGUUGAAAAUUUUAUUAUGUGCACUAGUGGUGGGGAAUCAGGCAGUACGUACAUGUGAUAGCCACUGCACUUACCCUUUAAGGAAUAUCUUUGGACAGCCAUGCAUUUUUGUUUUUUUUCUUCUUCCUCUCUAUCUCUCUCUCUGCCAAAGAUCACGGGCGUUGUUAGUUCCUUAUAUGGAUUCUUCAAUUGUUAUUUCAUGAAUCAUGGUCCAUCUUACAUUUUA